AUGAAGCUCGUCAGAUUUUUGAUGAAAUGCGCCAACGAGACGGUGACAAUCGAGCUCAAGAAUGGCACCAUCGUCCACGGCACAAUCACGUCCGUCUCCCCACAAAUGAACACGGCUCUGCGCAACGUAAAGAUGACCCCCAAGGGUCAGGACCCGGUCCAGCUCGAUGCCAUGAACAUCAGGGGCUCUACCGUCCGGUACUACAUCCUGCCCGACUCCUUGCCGCUUGAUACGCUGCUCAUCGACGACGCGCCAAAACCGAAGAACAAGGCGCGCAAGGAGGCCGAUCGUGGAGCAGGUGGUGGCAUGCGCGGAGGCCGCGGCGGAAGGGGCGGCGGUCGCGGGAGAGGGGGAGGCCGCGGCCGGGGCUUUGGCCGGGGGCGGUAG